AUGUAUGUUUAUGUCAAUUAUUUCGAAACAAAAAACUAUCUGUUUAUUGAUAAUUAUGGUGGUCGUUGUUGUUCGAUGGCGAUGAGAAGUCUGUCUAACAUUUCUUCUAUUCUUUCGAGUGUGCUACUGUCUGUAAUGAUACUGUCUAUCAAUCAAAUAAGUUUAAUAAUGGAUAAUAGUAUAUUUAAAUUAGUUUUCAAUAAUAUUUUAUUGAGAAAUUUUAUAUUUCAACAAGUUAGAUCAAUACACGUAGAUUGUUUGCGAGAAAAGAGUUACAAGUGGCAUGAAGUAGAGUGUAAACCAUAUCUAUUGGCUGGUUACAACUACUUUCAAUUGUUAAAAGAAUAUUAUAAAGGUGUAGCAGGAAAGAAUAAGAAAUGGUAUAGAUUCCUUGUUUCUUCGUCGAUCGAUACCGAUUUGGUGAUUGGCAAAACAUUGAGAAUCGCUGUUAUACAAGACCGCUUGGAGAUAGUAAAGUAUUUCAUGGAGCAUUACAAGCUGUAUGAAGAGGUGGGUCGUCUUAUGGGCAAUGCCGUUUGCUAUGGAAAGAUGGACAUUCUUCUGUAUUUAGAUCAACUGCCAGCAAAGAAUAAAGAUUAUGCGGUGUUAAUAAGUAAUACUCCACUGGGUGGAAAUUUCCCAAUGUUGGAAUGGAUCAUUAAGAACAAGUUGGCUACAAGCAGUAGCAAUGACAAUGAAACUAGAUAUAUUCUGUUGGAAACGAUAAAGAAUGCUGCUUUGGCUGGUCGUGUCGAUAUGCUGGAAUUCUUGAUGGCCAGAGCAAAGCUGACGACUCUCAGUGAAGCGGCUACUCCAUAUAUCUUGGUAUCGGCAAUCAAGAGUGGUAGUAUUGCAACGGUUGAAUGGCUGUUGGCACAUGGUAUCGAGUAUGAAGAAGGUGUCAACUAUAUAAAUCUCGCUGCUCUACAUGGUCAUCUCAAUAUGGUACUCUAUUUCCACGAGUGGAAUCUCGGUUCGUUCUCACCAAAAACCAUGGACUUUGCUAUUAGCUCCGGAAGUUUGCAGCUCGUUCAAUGGCUACAUGAAAAUCGGAAGGAUGGAUGUACACACUCUUCGAUGGUUAAUGCUGCAUCCAAGAAUCGAUUGGAUAUGGUUAGGUGGCUGCACCUCAAUCGAUCGGAUUCCUUUGACAAUAGCAUUCUCAAUGAUAUCUUAAAGAAUAAGCCACAAGUCUCUGUAGGUAUCCUACAAUAUAUGUUGGACAACAAGUUGUACACGGUGAUCGAUAACCACAAUAUUGCAAUGAGCAUAUUUUCUAAAUCGAUCGGUGAAAGCGAACAGAAAGUAAACAAUUUAAAAUUCUUGCUCUACAACCGACAUCGACUUUUUGACAAACCAAUCGAAUUGGCUAAUCUAUUAGAAUUAUCAAUAGAUUCAGCGGUAUCGAAAUACGUCAUUCAAAGAUAUUACAAUACCAAUUAA